AUGCCAUUUGGGGAACUCUGCCAACGAAAGGGUGCGUCUUUUCUGGCCAGGAGGGCUCCACAAGCAGGUGCGCUACGAGUAAUCUGCGGGAAUAGCAGUCCAAUUCAAGCUUCAUGGAUGCCACCCUGCGCCGCGGCCGUGCCGAGGUGUGCAUGUCGAUGCACUUCCACGCUAAGUCGGAAUUCCGUCUUGAAUGCAGAAAACACUUCGAGAUCCCCUAAGAGCUGCUGGGGUACGGCACCGGCGCAAUCUUCCACGUCCCGGAGCGACGAUGAUCCCGCGAAUCUGGCCACACCUAUUGCAGAGCUUCUGCAACACCGUGAGCACAUGAUCAGCAUGUACGUGGGUCUCUUGGCAGACCGACGUGUCCAGUAUCGCGAUCAGGUGCUGCUGAACGCCUUGAGCUCUAUUCAAGCCGGUAUGCAGACGCUGCUCCGGCACUUGCUGACGUCUCACCCUGAGGCAGUCGCUGGUGCUACGGAAGUACGUCAAGAAGCACGUGCGCAGAUGACAUCUGACGACGUGCGAAGACUGAAGGAGACGUGGAUGCAAAUUAGUGGUGUCGCUGCUCAUUCGGGCGAGGCGGCAAUGCGUCGCGCCUACUUCCGUGAGCUGCGUGACUGCUACGCGACGCUCCUUUGCAGUGGUUUGCCACGGACUGAUAACGAGGUGCGGCUCAUCCUCAGCGAAAUGCACAGCACCGACCUGAUUGAACCCGACGCAUCCUUCUACGAGGCAGUCUUCAUAGCUUUGUGGUCUCUUGACGACGUGCGUGAGGCAACCGGAGAGCACAGCGCCGCAGGGUCGCCCCAUACGUCAGAGAUCGUGAGUGGGGAGGUGAGGCAGCUGCGGCGGGGCGUGGCGGGGGACCUUGCCGGACACUACAUGGGCCACGCACUGGCGCAACUCUCGACUUCCAGUACGGCGAAUGCGAGUGCAGGCCCGGGGCACACAGCGGUACGUCCCGAAACAUGGGAAGUCUUCUUCACCACAUUGGCCAACGCUCAGCCUGCGCCGAAGCUGAUGGAUCUUUGGUGGAAACGAUUCUUAGCGUGGUUGGACGAGGAGGCAACACCAGUGUCAGCUAAGGCAUCUCUCGGCCUACAAGACGAGGGGGCAAGCGCCGCAAAGGGGAGACCAGUGCCGUAUCAAGCAGCUCACGCCGUCCUCGCGUGGUGCGCGCAGUCGCGCGAGAUGGAGAGGGCGUUGAACUAUUUCAACGUUGUCAAUCAACGUGGUGUCACGCUACACACAACUACAAUGCCACACGUUUCCUUGCCUUCUGAGCUAGCGGAGGGCUUCACCCGGGCCGGCUGCCUCUCCUCUCCUUCUACGCGCACGCCGUUGCAACAGCUGCAACUUGCUCUUCUUGUAAAACUUAUGGCGAGUACAAAGUCUAUCAAGAUGGACGGAGGACUGCGCGCACUGGUGGUACGAGAUGUGCAACGGCAAGUUACCCCAGAUGUGCUGUACACAGCGCCGUGGGGAGUCAUCAACGACUUGAUUUCUGGGCUCUCGGUGGCAAGCGCAAUGCAGCUCCUGCGUCAAUGCUCUUCAUUCUCCGCUGCGGCAGCGGUGUCAUCGACGACGACAAAGAAGCGAAACCCUUCAGAGGACAGAGCAGGCGAUGGCGAAGCGGCGGUGGGCUCUGCCGUGAAGGACAGGGGUAGGCGUGAGAUUCCGUUUUUUGUGUGGGCCUCACUGCUGCGCCGGUGCUGCCGAGAACACCUGCAGGACGAGGCGGAGUCCCUCUUCCUGUUUCUGCGCAAGCAGUUCCCGAUCACGGCGCCGGAGAAGCGUGAGCUGAUCGAGAUUAUGAUGCGCAUGUACACGACGAUGCACCCCGCCGACUUUCCUUCCGCCAUGGAUGUUUUUCUUCAGCAUGUUCUUCGUACACCAGAAGGGGAGCCAAAGGUCGAGCCCGACGCCGUGCUUUACGGGCUCCUCAUCAAGAGCGCAGACUCCCGAAACGCGGCUAUGAUGGUCUUUCUGGAGGCCUGCGCGGCUGGCGUGGCGCUCACCGAGGAAGUUUUUGAGGCUCUCAUGAGCUCGACGCAGUACAAAAGGCUUGCAUGGUUGAGUCGGAAGCUUCCCCACGACUACGCCGCCUCCUCGCUAGAUGCGCAGCUGAAAAUCCCGGCCAACGCCGAUGCACAUCUUCGCCGAGAGGAGGCCCUUCGUGCUCGCGGAAAACCACUCUACGACUCGACGGGAGAUGUCGAGUAA